GUGAUUGUAUUCGCCGCGAAAUACCAAGAGCGGUUGAAAUGUCCUUCUUUUUAUUUUAAUGUGUUUCUUCCAAACUUAGUAUGGCCGUUGACCGGAGAACGUGUUUGUUAAUGUUUGUGUAAUGUCGUACAUGUGACUGUAAUGCAGCGCAGUAAAUCAUCUGUGAGCGUGGAAGUGAAGCAGGUGAUCGGAGUUCUUCGCAGACUUCUAGCGGCCGCUGGCCUGGACGCUGUGCCCGCACCGGAGACCUUUAGACGGGCAAAAUUUGGUGGUGAACUCGAGGAGGAUCAGUUUUGGAAGCUUCUUGCCAACAUCCUUCAACUAACUGGCGCUGUUUGCCCUGAAGCCGACACACAGCUAAGUGGAGAGUGCAGGAAGCUGGUGGCUACAGGCCUGUGGCAGACUGGCUACCAUGCAGACUGGAUGUAUGACAGGGAGGGAGGAGAAGGAGACGAGGGAAGCACUUUCUCCAGCAGAGAUCUCCUCCUCGCUCUUGGCUGGCUACUUGCUGCAGGAACACUGGAGAAACUGUUGACACUGCAAGUACAGCAACUGGACAAAACACUGCUAACAUCUAUACCUGUCAACCCGCAGCUUUCUAGUGGGCUCCAGUUGGACUCGAUCUCUCUGAGGAGACUUCAGUGGCUCAUUGGGUGUCUGAGACAUCACGGACGGACCUUGCUGUCCAUGCUACAAGAGCGAACUCGUGUUCUUCAUGCUGUUUUUUCUGCCAGCCGCCCCUCUGCUGUUUCUUCAUCGUCUGAUCAAAACUCUGCAGUGCUAAAAGAGGACUGCGCUUGUGUCCAGAAGCUCUGUGACCUGCUUGAAGUCUAUCUGAAGUGGAAACAAGUGGAGACAGUCUUUUGGACCUGGAUGGACAGUGUGGUAGACUGCCAUCUGAUAGAUCCUGUUAGAAGGCCUACACAUUCACCCAGUGGAACCCAAAGAGUGUGUCAUCACGGAAACUGGGGGCUGGAGAAAUUGGACGACAUGCUACUGAGGCCUCCCACUGCACAGGAUGGACAGAGGAGAGGGAAGGAGGACAUUAAGGACAGAGAAGGAGGAGAGAGGCUACAGGGUGGGUUUGGUGUCUCCUCCCUCCCUCCUCUUAUAUCUUCUCUACCCUCCUUGCCGUCCCUCACCCAGGUCUGUCGAGCCAGGCUGGGGGAUGAGAGGCCUGUCAGACCCAGCAGCUGUCCAGCAAAGGAGCCCCACAGCAGGGCCGAGGCUCCAGGUGACCUCCCAGUGUCUGAGGCUGCAGAGCUGCUCCUCCGUGCAGAGGCUCUGCUGCUGGAGAGGAGGGACAGACAGAGACUAGCCAACAGGAUGCAGCUGCAGGAGGCGAUUGGCAGGCUGGAUGAACUGGUGUUGAUACCACCAUAGACUGUUAU